UCUUUAUGUUUAUCCAUUAACAUUUGUGUAUUAAUUUUAUUUAUUAUAUUAAGUAAUGAUAGAUUUUAAGAUAUAUGAAAUUCUGAAAAGGAAACUUUAUAGAACUAAAUAAUUAAUGUUAGAUUUGCAGUGUAAUUGCUCCAUUGGAAAAUAUUAAAGUUGAUAACAAUGGCUCAACAACCACUUAUAAAUUCUGUACGCAAAUAUUUAGCUGCACAUCAUAUGUUUGCUGUCGAGGAGUGGCUCUCUGGAUUUGUUGAGUAUUUAAUGGAAAAUAACGCAGAGUACAGUGAGCGUGAAGUUCAAACUUUAGCAAAAGAACAAUGGCUGUUGAAUGACUUAAAAGACAUAUGUCCAGGCUGCCUACCACAGGACCUCAGGAGUCAAUCCAAAACUACACUUACUGGGAGAUUUGUGCUUCAAAUUAUUGCAUGUGUUGAUAUUGGAACACCUGCUUAUCAACAAUAUUUAAAGCUGCAAAAAGUGAACACUGAAAAUAUUGAAGCAACAAUUAAUCAUGAUGAGAAAAUCCCCAGCCACAGAAUGAUAAAGUUGUACUUGACAGAUGGUGUGCAGGAAGUGUCAGGUAUAGAAUACAGACCUAUGAGAAACUUGAGCUGUGACAUUACACCUGGAUGUAAACUAUUACUUAAAGGUCCAGUGGACUGUCGUCGUGGAGUCAUGUUACUGACUGAGCAUAACAUUGAGUUGCUGGGCGGUGAGGUACAGGAACUGGCAGAUGAAAACUCAUUGGUUCAACUGUUAGCUUCCAAGCUCGGGCUCCCUGCCACUAAAUCACAAGACAACAAUGCAUUACAAAGACCUGAGAAUUCAACAGUCCAAACAUCUUAUAAUGGUGGGGCACAAUUUGAACCAGCAUUUGAUCAAAGAGUGAACCAACAAAAUAGAAUAGAACCAAGAGAUGAAGAAGCAUUUGGCACAUUCGAUGAUGACAUAGAUGUGGACGAAAUUGCAGCAAUAGAGGCACAAAUAUUAGACAAUCCAAAUAAAAGAUCGUUGAAUGAGAAUGAUUCUAGACCGGAUAAAAAAGCUAAAAUAAUUUCGAAUCCAGUUAAUAGUGUUGAUGAUUACCCUGAUGAUGAAGAUAUAAUGUUUGAGGAUGAGGAGUACCUGAGAGUUAUGGAGGAACAAUUGGACGCACAGAUUCUUGAACUUACGCGCAUAAAUAAAGGUCCAAAACAUGUGUCACCAGAACCAUUUGUUUAUAUUAAACAAAUUAAUGAACUGAGUGAAAGUGAAAGAGAGGGCAAAGUGUUAAAAGUUAAAGGACAGAUUAUAAAGUUAUUGUCAAAGUUAAUGGUGAGUAAAGAGGGGUGGAGUUUGAGGUGUGCCAUUAUUGAUGGUACCGGCAGCUUGGAUGUGGACUUCACCAGCGACGUGUUGUCCAAGCUGGUUGGACUCACACCAACAGAGAUGAACCAAAUUAAAAAACAAAUUGCUUCAAAACCAGAACUCAAGGAACAAACAAUCACGGCUCUAGAAAAUGCCAAAAAACGUCUACAAGUACUAUAUUGUAUAAUAGAGCUGACAAUGUCUAACGGUCCGAAGAUAACGCGACUCAUACCAUUCGAUACCUCACAUGUCGAUCAGCUGAAGAAAAGGCAAAUAACAUUGUGAAUAGGUAAUUAUUUGUAGUGGAAAAUAAGUUUGCUUUUAAAAAGUAUGCAAGAUGUAAUAUACAGGGUGUCCCAAAAGGUUACGUAC